UCUUCUCCUACCUGUUUUCUGUUUACACUCUGAUUAAAAUCGACACAAAUCAUUUGUAAUAUGAAUCGGUUCGGAAUGAUUCGGUUUUUACAGAUUUGUUUCGAGUUAAAUCGGUUACACGAGAGUGAAUAAGUGAGUUAUAACUGUUUAUAACUGAGUGUGUAUGUAUUUAAAGUAUAUGAGGUGUGUAUAACACAAGCCUAGUCAUGAUCAGGGUGUAUAUUAGGGUUAAAUCCUGUUUAUUCUCUUGUGUCUCCCAGCUUUGCUCUUGCAGGGGGUUUUUUUUCCUGAGAGAAAACAAUCUCCAGGUUAUAAUAAAUGUGCCGAUAUGACAAGUUUAACAAGCUUUAUAACGCUGAGUAACAUCGUCUACUUCAGGACCAUAACAUUGGUUUUGAGGUUAGACCAGUUAGGAAAAUAUGUGCCACGUUUGCUAUAACUGGCCUGGAAAAAAAUGUCCAUGGAAGUGAAUGUAGAUGUGGAUUAAUCUGAGGAUCCUACAGAAUCCUAACCCGAGGAUCCUACAUAGUCCUAACCUGAGGAUCCUACAUAGUCCUAACCCGAGGAUCCUACAUAGUCCUAACCUGAGGAUCCUACAGAGCCCUAACCUGAGGAUCCUACAUAGUCCUAACCUGAGGAUCCUACAGAGCCCUAACCUGAGGAUCCUACAGAGCCCUAACCUGAGGAUCCUACAUAGUCCUAACCUGAGGAUCCUACAGAGCCCUAACCUGAGGAUCCUACAUAGUCCUAACCCGAGGAUCCUACAUAGUCCUAACCUGACGAUCCUACAGAGUCCUAACCUGAGGAUCCUACAUAGUCCUAACCUGAGGAUCCUACAUAGUCCUAACCUGAGGAUCCUACAUAGUCCUAACCUGACGAUCCACCAGAGUCCUAACCUGAGGAUCCUACAUAGUCCUAACCUGAGGAUCCUACAGAGUCCUAACCUGACGAUCCUACAGAGUCCUAACCUGACGAUCCUACAGAGUCCUAACCUGAGGAUCCCACAGAGUCCUAACCUGAGGAUCCCACAGAGUCCUAACCUGAGGAUCCCACAGAGUCCUAACCUGAGGAUCUUACAGAGUCCUAACCUGAGGAUCUUACAGAGUAAUAACCUGAAGAUCCUACAGAGUCCUAACCUGAGGAUCCUACAGAGUCCACUCGCUUCACCACGGGUUUCCGUUCUCUUUUUUCUAACAGUAGCCCCGCCCACAGCCCCUGACGCAAGUGGUCCUUAAGUCUAGACCAGCAACGAUUUGGUGCUACUUAAGAACCACUUUUCCUGGUUCAGAGCCGGUGCUUUGGCGGUCGAAACAGAAAGAACUGGUUCUAAAUUAGGCUUUGGCUCCGAACCAGCACCCGAACUGCCUCAGUGGAAAAGGGGCAUCUGUCAGCCCCUUUAAAUACGUCCUCUUUAUGAAGCAUUGGUUUGGGUAGGUUCUGUUUUCAGCGCAGCUGGAUGUUGAGUUGAGUGGGUUGUGGGUUUGAAACGUCUCGCCUGGACGACCCACCGCUGCACUCUUACAGAAAGCACUUCAUUCUCUGGGUCCUUUCUCACCAAGGCUUUACAUUUAGAUGUUAAUCUACUAGCUCUAAUACACACAUGGGACGCACCGAUUUUUGAUUUCGAUGCCUGGCUUUGACAUUUACGUUUCUUCACGUAGGCUUCAUUCACCAACGCUGUGACAAAAAAACGCAAGAACGUCGUUCAAAGUAUUUUGUUCUAAUUUCUGAAAGAUAGAAGUGACAAAUCCACAGCUCUGUACUUCCAUGUAUGUUUUAGUGUCGGAAACUAAUCAACAACAGGCUGGCGUGAUGAAGUCGACUCACUCUAACCACCACAGUAUUCAGUCCAUCCUGAAGUGUUUGAUUCCUCAGCAGUGCACCAGAACAAGCGUUUAUCCCUUUGUACUUUCUUUAAUAGUGUUGAAUUGAGACAUGGUGUUUUUGUUCUAUGGUUCAUUUUGGAUUUAAAACGGUGAACAGGCCAUGCCCACACGAGCGAGAAAGGUCAUUGUGACAUGAUGACUUUAAAUGUUUAAGAAAAAAGUUCACCAUGUAAAUAAGUUAAUCUACAACAAGUCGAAAAUUUCGUGUAGCUAGCGACUAGCCUACAGGCUUCACGCACGCAGCAGUAACAGAACAGGGAUGAGUGGAUCUUCAUUCUGGGAUUGAUGAUAAUAUUCGUUAGUGUCACGUGAACUCGUUAGCAUGCAUAGGGUUUUACCAGCUUCACCUGGAUUGAGUACACGAUUAUUCAGUUUUCCUUUUGGUUUAAAUUUUUUUCUUUAUGGAGUUUAGUUCAGGAAGAAUUCUGAGAUCCUGAGCAGAAAUAGCCGUUGUUUAUCCGAAACCUUUAUUCGUAGCGUGCGAGAUCUCAGCAUGUCCUCGCAAAGCUAAAAACAAGGCAGUGAUAUAAACCGUGUCUUUAAUAAUCCAUCAGUAUUUGUGUGUUCAUGACGAGCUGUACGAGAGAGUGACUCAGAGUUCACACACGAUCACAUCAUCCAGUCCAGUCAAAUCCAGUCAAAUCCAGUAAAAUGGGUCAGACAGAUUUUUUUUUUUGGGUGGUGGGUGCGGGGUUGUCUGUGUGUUUAUGUGUGUGUGUGUGUGUGUGUGUGUGUGUGUGUGUGUGUGUGUGUGUGUGUGUAGUGCCUAACCUCUCACUUCCUUUCCGCUGAUCAUAGCAGGAAACUGAGCCGGCAGACCACUUCCCAACUUCCUGUCAGAAAUGAGAGAUAGAGAGAGAUAGAGAGAGAGAAAUGAGAGAGAGAGAGAGAGAGAGAGAGAGAGAGAGAUAGAGAGAAAUGAGAGAGAGAGAGAGAGAGAGAGAGAGAGAGAGAGAGAGAGAGAGAGAGAGAAAUGAGAGCAUGUCCUACAGACAGGAAGAGGAGAGUUGGAGCAGGACAAAAUGGAGCCCCGCUUUGUUGUUUGGCUUCAGGCCAAAGAGGAGCCAUAUAACUAGCCAACGAAUGGACAUGUGUUUGUGUUUUGUGGGUUUGUGUGUGUGUGUGUGUGUGUGUGUGUGUGUGUGUGUGUGUGUGUGUGUGUAGCCUGGCUGUCAGAGUGAUUGGACUGCAGUGGUGCUGCAUGCAGCUCGUGUCAGAGUCCCUUUGUAAUCAAUACAGCUCAGAGGAAAGACACAGAGCCAGAGACAAACUGUGUCAGUACAGUCUGGCCUUAGUCUCAUACCCUCAUCCUAUCCCAUGAUGCUUUGCUGCAUUCCACAUGCAUGGAUAAGUAAACUGUGCCAGGGUGAAGAAUAUACACUGGUUAUACAUGUGACGUUGCUCGUUUGUGUACUUCCCGUAAGCCAGGUCACAUUUUAUUGAAUCCCAAAUACGUGAUUGAUUUCUGAUGAGGUUUUCGUUGUGGGAGGGAACCGUAACAAGGGAACCUUAAAGAGGGAACCUUAACAAGGGAACCUUAACGAGAGAACCUUAAAGAGGGAACCUUAACGAGGGAACCUUAACGAGGGAACCUUAACAAGGGAACCGUAACGAGGGAACCUUAACGAGAGAACCAUAAAGAGUGAACCUUAACGAGGGAACCAUAACAAGGGAACCUUAACGAGGGAACCUUAACGAGGGAACCUUAACGAGGGAACCUUAACGAGGGAACCGUAACGAGGGAACCGUAACGAAGGAACCUUAAUGAAGGAACUCAAGUUAAACAUCAAAACAAACGCAUUGUGUUGUUAAGGACGUCGGGGUCCACAGUCCUGCAACUUUACCAGCGUUUGUGCCUCUUUAAACUACAAUUAAAUGGAUUUACCCGACAUGAAUUCUGCAUUCUGAUUGGUCAGAAGCUUUGAUUGGCUCAUUGACCAUUUCUCCUGAGAGGAGAAAGACGUCUGUGUAAAGUUUACACUGAGUCUCCAGAGUCAGUGUGGCUUUGUAACCGAGGUAAAGCCGUAGCGUCUUCAGGACGGACGAGUUCACUGACACUGUAGGCUUUUUUAGACGCUGGCAAGAGAACGAGCGUUUAUAGCUGCUAUAACAGAUACGUGAACACGGACGAAUCUGUUUAUCGGACAUUUAAAUACAACUAGAACCCGCUAAAAAUUUUACACGCAAUACUUUCAUUAAUGAAUCCAGACUUGUUGGCAGAUCGCUCUGGUGUGUAAGAGGAAUAAAACUCUACGGAACUCUGCUUCAGUUAUUAAAAGUUCCUCAGCAUUAAAAUCGAGCAUAUCGUUUAUUCCUCUGUCUUUAUUCCAGCUGGAAGUGUUUAGGUUGAUUAACGUAUAUCAGAUGUGCUGUAAACCUGGAGACCGGAUUCGGCACGACACCUCAUAUUUUUAUUUAUUUAUUUAUUUAUCUGCCCCACGGCGUUCAGGCCGUUGUUAUUGUCAGGGUUUUAUUCAGGAUCUGCUCAUGCUGAACGUCCUGCUGUACAGCUGGUUGUGUAUAAAAUACAAAGCAUCAGAGUUGUGUAGGUGGUGUGUGUUUAUUAUGAGCACCUUACGAUCUCUUAUGCAUACAGUCAUAAAACUGACAAUAUAUUAAACACAACACCGCGUUUUAUCUCACACACCUAAUGGGAUUGUGUUAACCCGACGUGACCUCACGCUGGACAGAGUGUGUGUGUGUGUGUGUGUGUGUGUGUGUGUGUGUGUGUGUGUGUGUGUGUGAAUGAGAGAGAUUUCUAAUCGAUAUAAAAUGAAGGAUGAGAAAAACAAAGCCGUUUGCGUUUCAUGAGAAGGACACAAAAGACAAAGCUAGGACACCAAACCAAUCCCCCUCAGCGUCGCGUCUCCUUCCGUUCCCUCGCACCCUAUAAAAGGACUCGGCGUCUCCGGCUUCGGCACGAGCUGCGUGCAGACGUACAAGCAUGAGUACAUACGUGCCUUUGCAGUUACACUACACUUAUUUCUCCCGUCUAAUCCACCAGAGUGCCAGAAUUAUUUCACACACUUCAGAAUAUUCUGGGCGUCUUCUUUAGUAUUAUAUUAUUUUUCUAUGUACACAUCUGGGGUUUUUUUUUUAAAUAAUUAUUUGCAUGUUAGCUCUAUAUGAUAGCUUGCUAAUGUAUGGAUUAGUUUGUUAAAAGAAAAUACAAAUAAAAAUCUGGUUUGUCUUGAAGGAAAAAUAACUAACUCCAGAAUUCUGUUAUUCCUAAAUAUCCUGUAAACCUGAAUAUUUGUAUUCACUUUCUCGCAGACUUUUACAGAAAUAAAUAAAUGUGUAAAAUCCUG